GAGAAGUGCUCCGGAGUUUGCAGUGAACGGUCGUCUAAACGGUUGCGUCUCCUUCUUCGAAAACGUGAGAAAUUUUAUUUAAAAUAUAUAUAUAUAUACAUAUAUUAGAAAUUAGUUAAAAGAAAAAGGAUAACAAAUAGAAAUAUGUCGAAACCACAAUCGGACGCGGAUCGUCGCAAGCAAAUCUCAGUGCGCGGCAUUGCCGAGGUUGGCAAUGUUACGGAGGUGAAGAAGAACUUCAAUCGUCAUUUGCAUUAUACCCUGGUCAAGGAUCGUAAUGUAUCGACAUUGCGUGAUUACUAUUUUGCCCUGGCCAAUACGGUCAAGGACAAUAUGGUUGGACGCUGGAUCCGUACACAGCAGCAUUACUAUGAAAAGGAUCCCAAGCGUGUGUACUACCUAUCCUUGGAGUACUACAUGGGUCGCUCUCUAACCAACACCAUGAUCAAUUUGGGCAUUCAAAGUGAAUGCGAAGAGGCCAUGUAUCAAUUGGGUCUCGAUAUUGAGAAUCUCGAAGAGAUGGAAGAGGAUGCUGGCUUGGGUAAUGGUGGUCUCGGUCGUUUGGCUGCCUGCUUCUUGGACUCAAUGGCCACAUUGGGUCUGGCUGCCUAUGGUUAUGGCAUCCGGUAUGAGUAUGGUAUCUUUGCGCAAAAGAUUAAGAAUGGUGAACAAGUUGAGGAACCUGAUGAUUGGUUGCGUUAUGGCAACCCCUGGGAGAAGGCACGUCCUGAAUUUAUGUUGCCAAUUAACUUUUAUGGUCGUGUUAUCGAUACACCUGAAGGCAAGAAGUGGGUGGACACCCAAAAGGUUUACGCCAUGCCAUAUGACAAUCCAAUUCCCGGUUAUAACAACAACCAUGUGAACACUCUGCGUUUGUGGUCGGCCAAAUCGCCAAUUGACUUCAACUUGAAGUUCUUCAACGAUGGUGACUACAUUCAGGCCGUGUUGGAUCGUAAUCUGGCUGAGAAUAUCUCUCGUGUGCUGUAUCCCAAUGAUAACUUCUUCGAGGGCAAGGAAUUGCGUCUGAAGCAGGAAUACUUCAUGUGCGCCGCCACUCUGCAGGACAUCAUUCGCCGUUAUAAGGCCUCCAAAUUCGGUUCCCGGGAGGCAGUUCGCAACACUUUCGAUCAUUUCCCUGAUAAGGUUGCCAUCCAAUUGAACGAUACUCAUCCAUCGUUGGCCAUACCCGAAUUGAUGCGCAUCCUGGUCGAUGAGGAGCAUCUGGAUUGGGAGAAGGCCUGGGAUAUUACUGUACGUACCUGUGCCUACACCAAUCACACUGUCUUGCCCGAGGCCUUGGAACGCUGGCCCGUCUCCAUGUUGGAGUCGAUUUUGCCUCGCCACUUGCAGAUCAUCUAUCACAUUAAUUUCCUGCAUAUGGAGAAUGUGAAGAAGAGCUUCCCUGAGGACUUGGACCGUAUGCGUCGCAUGUCUUUGGUGGAGGAGGAUGGCGAGAAGCGCAUCAACAUGGCUCAUUUGUCAAUUGUGGGUUCCCAUGCCGUGAACGGUGUUGCUGCCAUUCACUCGCAGAUUCUAAAGGAUUCACUCUUCCAUGACUUUUACACAAUGAAUCCGGAUAAGUUCCAGAACAAGACGAACGGUAUUACUCCACGUCGUUGGCUGUUGCUGUGCAAUCCAGGACUUUCUGAUCUGAUUGCCGAGAAAAUUGGCGACGAAUGGCCAGUGCAUUUGGAUCAGUUGGUGGCCUUGAAGAAAUGGGCCAAGGAUCCCAACUUCCAACGCAAUGUGGCUCGCGUCAAGCAGGAGAACAAAUUGAAAUUGGCUGCCAUUUUGGAGAAGGACUAUGGUGUCAAGGUCAAUCCCUCGUCCAUGUUUGACAUUCAGGUGAAGCGUAUCCAUGAGUACAAACGUCAGCUGCUCAACUGCCUGCACAUCAUUACCCUGUACAAUCGCAUCAAGAAGGAUCCCACCGCCAAUUUCACCCCACGUACAAUUAUGAUCGGUGGCAAGGCGGCGCCUGGUUACUAUGUGGCCAAACAGAUCAUUAAACUGAUCUGUGCCGUUGGCAAUGUGGUCAACAACGAUCCAAUUGUUGGUGACAAGCUUAAGGUUAUCUUCUUGGAGAACUAUCGCGUCACAUUGGCCGAAAAGAUUAUGCCUGCUGCUGAUCUAUCCGAGCAGAUCUCUACUGCCGGCACAGAAGCCUCUGGUACCGGUAACAUGAAGUUCCAAUUGAACGGUGCCCUCACCAUUGGAACCCUGGAUGGUGCCAAUGUUGAAAUGGCCGAAGAAAUGGGUCUCGAUAACAUUUUCAUCUUCGGCAUGACUGUCGAAGAGGUUGAGGCCCUCAAGAAGAAGGGUUACAAUGCCUACGAUUACUACAACGCCAAUCCGGAAGUCAAGCAGGUCAUUGAUCAGAUCCAGGGUGGUUUCUUCAGCCCCGGCAAUCCCAAUGAAUUCAAGAAUAUUGCUGAUAUUCUGCUUAAAUACGAUCACUACUACUUGUUGGCCGAUUUCGAUGCAUACCUCAAGGCUCAGGAUCUGGUGUCCAAGACCUAUCAGAACCAAGCCAAAUGGUUGGAAAUGUCCAUCAAUAACAUUGCCUCCAGUGGCAAAUUCUCAUCGGAUCGCACCAUUGCCGAAUAUGCCCGCGAAAUUUGGGGCGUUGAGCCCACUUGGGAGAAAUUGCCUGCUCCAGAGGAUCAGCAAUAAAUCAAUUGAAAAUCAUCCUUUUGAUAUUAUAUAUAUUUUUAUUAUUAUUUAAAUGUCCAAAGUCCAAGCUUUAGGCGCCAAAAAACAACAACAAAACAACAAGAACAAAUAAGCAACUAACCAAGUAAAAUUGUUACUAUUUUAUUGCUGAGCAGCGACUACUAGCAACGGUACCUACCAUUUUACAAAAAUAAAAACAAAAAAAAAACCAAAA